AGUUCUGGCAUAGAAGUUGGGUGCACCUGUCCCAUCUACUGUAGUACAGCUACAAAACUUUCCCGCAAGUCCCAUGACAGAUGACGUCACCAGGAAUGCGGGGCAGUGAUGGAUUGACCUGGAUAACGAGAGAGAAAAAUAAAGUCUGUGACAAACAAUAACGAGAGAUUGAUUGCGGGGAUUAACUGUCGGGUGUCGGGAUCAUUUAUUUCAGCCGCCAUGUCUGUGCUAUUUUGUUGCCGCUGUGUUUUUCCAUCCGAAGACACCGACGAGAGACAGCCCCUACUGCACCCCAAGCUUCCAGAAUCAGAGAAGCCAGUUUCGGCCAGACAGCCCCUACUGCACCCCAAGCUUCCAGAAUCAGAGAAGCCAGUUUCGGCCAGACAGCCCCUACUGCACCCCAAGCUUCCAGAAUCAGAGAAGCCAGUUUCGGCCAGACAGCCUCGACCAGCACCCACAGUGAGUCGGAGUGGUCAGUUGGUCCCGAAGCGUGUGGGUGUGAAGGACUUGGACCAGCGGUUCUCUGAUGUGACCGAGACAUUCAACCAACAACAUGAGAGCUAUAAUGUCAUGAAGGAACGCAUCAUAUCUCUUCGCCGCACUUACAACUGUAGCAACGACAGCACCCUGACUCUAACUGAGUGUGUGAGGAAGAUCAAGGAGGAAUACGAGGACAGCUACAGGGUAACCGUGGUGAUAAAGGGGUAUGACUUCUCUCUCUCUGUGGUUCCGCUGAGGUCUGUGGAUGAGGGAGAGAAGUCUCUGCCUCGCCUACUCCGGUUGGCUCAGGAUGAGCUCAGGGGCUUUUCCCAGGGCGCCAUAGCAAUUGUCGCUGCCGGGACCAAGCUCCAGGUGCUGAUAGACUGGCUGCUUAGUCGGGGGGAGCGAAUGGCGGAGCAGGUCAGGGAGGUGGCACCAACUCAUCAGGACCACUGUAGGCUGGAGGAGAACCUGAUUGAGACCAUGCAGGAAGUGAGAAGGGUGAGGGAGCUUUCGCUAGGGUACUGCCAGCAGGCUAGAGAGAUCCAAACUGAGGCUGCACAGAUAGCAGGGCUGGCCUGACACAUACAUACAGACACACUCUGGUAACACUGAAUCUAUAAAUGUCACAUUUAAAUCUUAUGGGAAUUAAUUUAGGCUAUUUUUACUAUCAUGUAAAAGCACACUAUGGACCUACACUGUUACCCAACACACUAGAUAGUAUUUCAGUAUUAUAUAGCGAGUAUGUCUAUAAACAUGUUAGAGAAAUUAGCUGUGAUAUAUCCUAAUGUAUUCUGGACAGGAAUUCCUCAUCUAAAUCCUAAUCUAAUCAAACACUGUGUUGAUUAAACCACUGUCAAUGUUAGAUAUCAUGUUAGUGUUUUUUCUAUGUUAAUACUGUAUGUUAUUGUAUUUUAUAACAAAUAAAAACUGCAAACUGUU